AUGGAUCGAGAGGAGAUGCGACAACAGGGCAUGCGGCCAAAGAUGCCUGCAUACGACGAGACACCGCUAUGUUCUGUCGGAAAGGUGGUCCGUGUGACUUUACCUUCUGGGCAACUGCGCCGGGCAAUGGUGGAAUGCGUGGAAGAGAAUGAAGACACGGUAGAUGUGGCAUAUAUUGAUGCUGCUGAGAAGGAUCAAAGUGAUGCUACAGUGCCGACUUCAUGGUUGAGGCCGUUGGAGCCAGGCGAGUUGAUUUUCCUUGAGCCCAAUGCGUUUGCAAACCGUUUGGAGGGUGCUACGAAUGCCAAGGAAGUGGGCAACGUGCUCUUCAAGCUGGGUGAUGUGGAGGCCGCAGCUGACCUCUAUGGGCGUGCAUUAGAGGCUUUGGAGCGUGCGCCCUGUGCUCGCAACACUUGGAUUUUGGCCAAUCGACAUGGGAUGCUUUUGCCAGGCAAAGUUGUUCUGGUAGAUGACUCAGGCAAAGCCAACGUAGAACUACGAAGCGAAAAGUCUGUGGAGGUGGUUCGCGGGAUUCCGCAGAAUGCCUUGAUUGGCGUGCAGCUGGAGCAUCUUUUGUUGCAGGGCAGCCUUCACUUGAAUCGCUCGCGAGCAUUAACGCAGAUGGGUCAGCAGCAAGAGGCUGCCCAGGAUCUCUCGGUGGUCAUUGCCCUAUGGGCAGCGUAUUCGGCCUCUGGAAGUUCUAUGCAGACGGAGUGUAAAGAGCAGCUGAUCAAGGCAUACUACUUGCGCGCGAAAACACGAAUCUCAAGGCAGCGCCCCGAGCCAGCGCGGGCAGACAUUCGUAGUGCUUGGGCAGUAGGACCGAGCACUGCGACUGCAGCGCUACUUCGCCAGGCAGAGCGCGAUGUAGAGAUUAUGGAGAAGGAGAAGGUGAGAAGCAAUAAAAAGCUGGCCAAGGAAAUUGCAAAGCUGGCCGAUGUCGCUAUGUCAGGUAAGGGCACGGUGCAGAGAGCCGUGAGUGACUGUGCAAGAUGCAUUCCAAAGAUUUCAAAAGUACAAGUAGGUUGA